UCCUAAAUUGAGCAAUUAUCGCUCAAAUAGCACGCCCCAAGGCCCAAUGCAUGAUUUGAGAAGUGAAGCGGUGAUUGCGUCAAUUUUGCCCUAGGGUCCCAUACUGUAAGGAAUAGCCGGCCUUUAAUACAAAUUCAAUCUCUUUUUGGCUUUUCCAUUGCUUUCCUCUGCUUUCCCAUUCCCUAUUCGCCUCUCUGCUGGUCAGACAGAUACGCUGGUCGUUAUGUUUAUCUCUCGUUGUAUCGUGUCCAUCACAAGCUACAUCUUAGUCAUAGUUCAUGUUUAUGCUUUGCCAACUUCGAUUUCUCCACGAGCUCAUGAUUGGGAUCCAUCCGAUGAUAAUCGUCAACCUAGAUGGGUUACUCACUAUGAUACGGGUCUGUUAUCAGGGAACUCAGAGAGUACAGCACUUUUCUCCCGUCCGUUGCAGCGCCAAGCGUUCUUAGGAAAAAGCUUCCCGUCGAAAAUCGGUCACGUAUGGUCUAUCCACGAGUACAAGGAUCAUAAAGGCAAAGUGCACAAAGAAGAUAUGACCGCCGUGGUCUUUACUAGUAAGACAACAUCCGGAUCCUUUCAAAUUGAUGUGGUCCCAGUAGCCCUUCACAACAUUGGCGCCAACAACCAAAACAUCCCAGUAAUAGACGAAGGUAUAUCCAUAGAAGAUGGCCAUCCUCGGCUCAAUCGUAAUAGUGUAAGGGUAAAUGUGCUCGGUAAAGACACCGCCGUUAUUUUGAAGAAGAUCGACGAGUUGGUCGACUCUGGCAGUUGGAACGACAUUCCAGUGAUGAUCAUGCGGGGGAAAGGUGGAAAGCCAUUGGGAAUGACAGCCGUCUACGAGCAGGCCAAUAAAGCGCAGAAAAAGUCCCUAGAAGAACAGGUCAAGAAAAUGACCUGUGACAAGGUUGUAUCCGUUGCCAAGAAACACCAAAUUCUAAAUAGAGGCCUUGAACACUUGGAUAUCCUGGUCACCACUUCUGGUUCUUCUGUAGAGUCGGUGACUCUCCUUACUUGGAACGUCUACAGUAUCAUAGGAAAAGACGUGCCAGAUGGAGAACUUACUGUUUGCGGAUACGUUUUCUACUUCUGAGUCGAUUACUUUAUAACCACGGAUUGCUUAGUACUAGCUGAACAAACAAACAAUCUUCUUGUAUUUUCCAGUUCCUCGUCUGUCCAUAUAUCUCCUACAUCUAACAUUUAGUUCAGCAAGCUUGAAUCUAUACCAGAUAAUCCACAAACAAGUAUUACAACAUGAAAGGACUUACGAUU